AUGUCCUAUUACGAGAAUGCACAGUGGGCUGCUGGCCAGCAACAGCACCAGCAACCGCAUCAGCAACCGCAUCAGCACCAGCACCCGCAGAACAACUGGGACCACCAGAGAACUGCCACACCCGUCCGUACUGGUGCCAGUGCUCCCCAACCUCAGGAUGACUAUGCCUUUUCCUACCAGUUUGAUGAGGUUGAUCGCGCCCACGAGAACCUUCAAAAGUCUGGCAAAGGCUAUGCAAUGGGCGGACGCCCAGGUCGCGCCCCCCACGGCCAGGCCUCCCGAUCUCAUUCCGUCAAUAACUUUGACGAACCCCGCGGCCCUCCUGGCCCAAACCUCCAAAACUUUUACGCCGCUCAGAGACACCAUCAGCCCUCUCGCGGCCCCAACGAUGCCGAGCAGGUGAUGCAGGCCAAGAGGCGCAUGGCCGCCCAGCGCGAACGAGAACUCCGAAACCUCCACACUGAACAGCAAUAUCAACGAACUGUUCUUGCUGAUACCCCGCACACUACUGCCGCCAACAACGUCACCAACGUUGCCAACGUCAACAAUGCCAACGCCAAUGCCAACGCCGGCAGCAACAGCAAGCACAUGUCCGAGGAAGAGACUCGCGAGCUGAUUGCCCGCCAACGCAGUGCUCUGUAUGGAGAGGGUCCGUUUGCUGACAAGACGAGCUACGUCGAUGAGAGCGGCAACAUUCGCAAGGGAGUUCCCGGUCCCAGCGGCGCUUCCAGCCUUCGCGGCGCUUCUCCCAUGACUUUCGACGGCAUGGGCCGCCCACCUGCUGAUGUCGGUACACCCACCUCUGCGAAUGACCACGCCCCCGGCCAGAGCGAGUUGAGCCCCCGUCCCAACAGCACUGCCAGCCCACAGACCGCCGCCCCCACCAACAAGGUCUUUGACAACGCUGUCGGUAUCCAGAGCCGUACCAGCACCUCUAGCCCUACAGGUGCCUCUCCUCCGCGCGACCUGGCCCCUGGAUCCAAGCCUGGUCAGCAGGGCGCUACUGUCGCUCCCAUUGGUACUCGUCCCGUCGGCACCCCUACCUCAGGAGCUCAGGCCAAGCGUUCCACCACCCCUCUUGCCACCUCUGGCGGCUGGGGUCGCGGCAACGGUGUAUGGGGCCAGAGCUCUUCUGGUCUCGGUGCUCAGGCCAGCGUUUGGGGCUAA